UCCUCUGAGAAUUUUAACUGAAUGCAGUAGACCUGGUCAGUCUGAUAUUAUUCUUGACCAUGUUGUGCCGUAGAGAGUGUGCAAGACUGAACAAUUGGGUGUUUUCACUGUUCCAUAAGCGUGCGACUUUUGGAAGGUGCACUAUUAAGAAAGUGUUAAUACUGGCAUUGUUGGUGACAGUCUCCUCACUGGUUUUUCUGGCCUAUUAUGUGGUCAACUUCAGAUUUAGUCUGGUGGAGAGACAGCCCCCAGUGCCCAGUGUAAAAUGUAAUGAUCUGACACAUCAGAGCAGGCUGUCUCGCACUGGGCCACGGGACCACUCCAGUAAAGCUGGACUUCGCAUUGACAGUCGUGUCUUGGUCCUGGUAGAGACCCAGUAUUCCCGUUUGGGCACUGAGAUUAUCCACACGCUAGAGGCCAACAGAAUGAAGUACAAGGUAGAGCCUGUGGGCAAAUCCCUACCCUACCUCACCCACGUUGACAAGGGCAAGUAUGCUGUCAUCAUCUUUGAGAACCUCAAUUCCUACGUGAACAUGGACAAGUGGAAUCGGCAGUUACUGGACAAGUACUGUAAGGAUUAUCGUGUGGGCAUGGUAGCCUUUGUACCCUCGACGGACGACACAGUGAUGUCAGUCACGCUGGAUGAUCUACAGCUCUCGCUACAGUUCAACCUGGCCAUAAAGGACUACAUGUUGAAUUCAUAUUCAGAAAUCUGGCGAUUGACUCGACCCGGGGAAUUAUUUGAAGGAGAAAUACCAGGUGAUGAUUGGACAGUGUUCCACACCAAUCAUAGCACACAUCAGCCGCUGGCAUAUGCUCGACGUAGAGAGCCAGAUUUUGCAGACUCGCCAGUGAAGGAUCAUGGGAUGUAUGUGACAGCAGUACAAGACUUGGGAUUCCUAGACGACAUUAACAGAGUCAUCCUUGGGAACGGUUUCCGUUUCUGGUUGCAUCGUCUCAUUUUCUUGGACAGCCUGUCAUUCCUGUCUCAUGGAAGGUUAAGUGUGUCGCUGGAUCGGUAUGUGCAGAUUGAUGUGGAUGAUGUGUUUGUGGGACAGUCUGGCUUGAGAAUGACUCCAGGUGAUGCGGAGGCAAUGGUUGCUUCACAAGAAAGAUUACAACAGCACAUCCGUGGCUUCCAUUUCAAUCUAGGCUUCUCCGGGAAGUUCUAUCAGCGUGGCACUCCACUGGAAAAUGCUGGAGACACCAGACUUUUAGAACUCCAGAAGCAUUUUCACUGGUUUGACCACACAUGGAGCCAUGUACAGCCUCAUUUAAUAGGGAACAGCUCUCUAUUGAUGGAGGAUAUGAGAAUCAAUGCUAACUUUGCUAAGGACUGGGACCUGCCAGUGGAUAACCAGUAUGCCAUUGCCCCGCAUCAUUCAGGCGUUUACCCAGUCCAUGAGCCUCUGUAUGAGGCAUGGAAAAAGGUGUGGAAUAUCCGAGUGACCAGCACAGAGGAAUACCUCCACCUGCGCCCAGCUCGCCGGCGACAGGGCUUUAUACACAAGGGCAUAAUGGUUCUACCUCGUCAAACCUGUGGUCUUUUUACUCACACUGUUUUCCUGGACAAGUAUCCUGGUGGUCGAGAGAGACUGGAUGACAGCAUCAGGGGCGGAGAACUCUUCCAGACAUUUCUCAGUAACCCUAUCAAUAUCUUCAUGACCCAUAUGCCAAAUUAUGGCAGUGACAGGCUGGCAUUGUACACGUUUGAGAGUGUUGUCAAGUUCAUAAAGUGUUGGACAAACCUUCGACUGCUGUCUGUCUCGCCAUUAGAACUUGCCAAAAAGUACUUCAACAUGUACCCUGAGGAGGAGGACCCAGUCUGGCAGAAUCCCUGUGAUGACAAACGUCAUAUGGAGAUCUGGUCUGUGAAUAAAACUUGUGAUAAACUACCACGUUUUCUAGUCAUAGGCCCACAGAAAACAGGCACUACAGCAUUAUAUACAUUCCUUGCCAUGCAUCCAGCCAUCCUCAGCAAUUACAAAAGCCCAGAAACAUUUGAGGAAGUUCAGUUUUUUAAUGGGAAGAACUAUUACAAAGGCCUUGACUGGUACAUGAACUUUUUCCCAGUCCCAGAGAAUGCUUCUGCCAAAUUUUUGUUUGAAAAAAGUGCAACUUAUUUUGACAACGAUGUUGUUCCAUUUCGGGCAUACUCGCUGUUACCAAAAGCAAAGCUGAUAACUAUUUUGAUCAGCCCGGCCAAGCGUGCCUACUCUUGGUACCAGCAUAUGAGAGCACAUGAAGACCCGACUGCUCUGAAUUACACAUUCUAUGAGAUAAUCACUGCCAAUGACUUGUCGCCACGAGGCAUGAGGGAACUCAAACACCGCUGUCUAAACCCUGGCAUGUACGCGCAUCACCUUGAGAAAUGGCUGGAUUAUUACCCGGCCCGACAGAUUUUCAUCAUUGACGGGGAAAUGUUGAAGAGAGACCCGGCACAAGUGAUGACCAAAGUACAACGCUAUCUUCACAUCGAACCAUUUGUAGAUUACACUAGGAAUUUAAGGUAUGAUGCUUCCAAAGGCUUCUUCUGCCAGAUUGUGAAUGAAGACAAGACAAAAUGUUUGGGUCGCAGCAAAGGUCGCUCUUACCCGCCAAUGGAUGGCCGAGCCGAAACCUUUCUCCAGCGCUUCUACAGACGCCACAAUGUUGUACUGUCUAAACUCCUGUCUCAUUUGAACCAGCCUAUACCACAGUGGCUUCGAGAGGACUUGAACCAAGUAUAGUGUAUGUGUGAACAUUGUAUCAAGAACAGGCCAUCAUUUGUGUGUGUGUUACUGAGUGGCUAGUCUGGUUGCUAUGAUGUACAUGUACAUAUUGAUGGAGUAUAUGUGUGAACAGUGUACCAAGAACAGGCCAUCAUUGGUGUGUGUACUACUGAGUGGAUAGCCUGGGUGCUAUGAUGUACAUGUACAUAUUGAUGGAGUAUAUGUGUGAAGUGUACCAAGAACAGGCCAUCAUUUGUGUGUGUGCUACUGAGUGGAUAGCCUGGGUGCUAUGAUGUACAUGUACAUAUUGAUGGAGUAUAUGUGUGAACAGUGUACCAAGAACAGGCCAUCAUUGGUGUGUGUGCUACUGAGUGGAUAGCCUGGGUGCUAUGAUGUACAUGUACAUAUUGAUGGAGUAUAUGUGUGAACAGUGUACCAAGAACAGGCCAUCAUUUGUGUGUGUGCUACUGAGUGGAUAGCCUGGGUGCUAUGAUGUACAUGUACAUAUUGAUGGAGUAUAUGUGUGAACAGUGUACCAAGAACAGGCCAUCAUUGGUGUGUGUGCUACUGAGUGGGUAGUCUGGGUGCUAUGAUGUACAUGUACAUGUUGAUGGAGUGUAUGUGUCUAUAUGUGUUACUGGUGGAAUGUGAUGCUGUCCAAUGAACACACUCAUUGUGUUUGCUCUAAAAACUCGCCAGAAGAAGUGCAUUUUUAGAGGUAAAUAAGCAUCAUAAAAUGAUACGUUUUAUUUUUCCAGUAGGUCUGCCAGCAACCUGUGGAUGGUCGUUGGUUUCGCUUGGGCUCUGCCCAUAUUUUACCCACCAUAAUGCUGGCUACUGUCAUAUAAAUGAAAUAUACUUGAACAUAGCAUAAAACACCAAUCAAACAGUUAAAUAAAAAAUAUUCCAGUAGGAUACAUGUACCUCUAUCGUACCUUCCAAAGAUAUCUGAAAGCACCUUCCUAAAGAGUAUUAAGCAGAACUCUCAGAAUCAGGCCAAAAUGAGUAUCUUAGUCAUGGAGAAAGGUUUAGGUCAUAUACAGUAUGUGUACCAGGGGUGGCCUUUGCUGUUCACAUUUGUUGAAUGUAUCAUACAUUUGUUACGCUACCUGAGUAAGUGUAUGUAUCUGGGUACACAUGUCUCAUCUUGUUGUGUUUACAGCUCACAGUGGGUGCCACUCUGUGACAACUGCUGUAAACAUCAGCUUUCUACUAAAUCUUUAUCGAUUUAUGUGAGUUGGGGUCUUACAAGAACUGUUGCUGCACUGAUUUUAUGAAUGUACAGAUUCUGCAUUUCGAACAUUAACCAUCUCAUGUGAAGGUCAUGGAGCAUGAAGUUUUCUCUUAGUAUGAAAUUGGUGGGGAAUUUUGAGCUGACUGCAGGCCUGAGAGUGCUUUGAAAAUUGAAUACUGUAGUGUUGCCAAAUUGAAAUACACAAAAACUCAUCAAAUCAAUCUGAUGGUUUCACAGUUCUCCUAACAAUUUCUUAAUCACUUAUUGACAUGGCUGCCAGUACUGUAUGUAUGACGUUAGACUACAUGUACAUGUAGUCAGUUAUUUUUGAAAUCGUCAUGGUUUAAGUUAUGUUUUUCUCAGGGUUGAUCGACAAUGUUUCGCCCUCCUAUUGAAGACAUUGACGUGUUACUGUGACUUACAGUUGUACAAAAAAUCAAAAAUUAUUUAACUACGCUGUAUCUUUAAAAUUUAUUAAAAUCUGUACUAAAGUGUUCUCAGGGCCGAAUCCCUCUUACUGUCAGGCCAGUUAUAGACUUGUAGAUAGGCCUAAAUUAUUAAUACUGCCAGCUUUGACCA